GGCACUGAGCAGUGAGCAGGCUAUUAUAAAUAAUGAAGCCACGAAACAAAGUUACACUCCCCCUCAAGAGGAGACUCCCUGCGUUUUUCUUCGUAUUAAAUAAACAAUAUAUAAAAUCUCACUCUGGCAUUUUAGGCUGCCCUGUUUCCGUGCAAUGUAGUUCAGUUCAGUACAACUGAAGAAGAAGCUACUACGUACUCGAUCAGACCAAAUGGCCAAGUGUCACCGCAACGACGUCGGAUCUAUUGUCCUAGACCGUCCCUCCACCACCGCCACCGCCCACUCCCGCCUCUGGUCUUCCUUCUCCGCCGCCUCAUUCCGCCGCUUAAUCUUCGACGCCGUCAGCUGCGGCGCCAGCUCCCGCUACCGCCACCGACACGAAACCGACGCCGCCGCCCCUCCCGCCAGUCCUCCCGCCGGAUCAACCCUCAAGCAAUCCGAAGAGCCGGAGAAGGCAAAGCCGAAACCCAAGUCCGAGAAGCUCUCGGAUCUUCUGAACCUGGCGGCGGAAUGGUCGGAGGCCGAGAGCGACGCGGUGACCAAGAAGAAAGUGGAGUCAUUGGAGGAGCUGAAGCGCGUGGCCAGGGAGUUGCAGGUCGAAAACGACGCCGUCGAGAAGCGGAGAGAGGCGGCCAGCCACGUCAGACUUAUGGCCAAGGAAGACUCCGAAGCGAGAGCCACGCUUGCGAUGCUCGGCGUCAUUCCGCCGCUCGUCGGAAUGCUCGACGACUCCGAUGACGUCGAUGCUCAGAUCGCAUCACUCUAUGCUCUGCUCAAUCUCGGCAUCGGCAACGAUGUGAACAAAGCUGCUAUCCUCCAAGCAGGUGCUGUGCACAAAAUGCUGAAGCUGAUUGAAUCUCCAAACUCAUCAGUCUCCGAAGCAAUAAUUGCAAAUUUCCUUGGCUUAAGUGCUUUGGAUUCUAAUAAACCCAUUAUUGGAUCAUCAGGUGCCAUACCUUUCUUGCUUAAAAUCCUCAAGAGUUUGGACAACACAAUUAGCAGCCAAGCUAAGCAAGACGCCUUGAGGGCUCUGUACAAUCUUUCAAUCUUCCCAUCCAAUGUUUCCUAUAUACUGGAAACCGAUAUGAUCCCAUUUUUCUUUAAUGCACUGGGUGACAUGGAAAUGAGUGAAAGAAUCCUUGCAAUUCUAAGCAAUAUGGUAUCUACUCCUGAAGGCCGAAAAGCAAUCAGCAGUGUGCGCGAUGCAUUCCCUGUAUUGGUUGAUGCAUUGAAUUGGAACGACUCCCCCGGGUGUCAAGAGAAAGCAUCCUACAUUUUAAUGGUAAUGGCGCACAAGGCGUUUGGGGAUAGGCAAGCCAUGAUUGAGGCAGGAGUGGUAUCAGCGUUGCUCGAAUUAACGCUUUUGGGUAGUACAUUGGCGCAGAAGAGAGCUUCGAGGAUCUUGGAGUGUUUGAGAGUGGACAAAGGAAAACAGAUCUCACAGAACUUUGGCGGGAGUGGAGCGGUUUCUGCUCCAAUUUGUGGGUCUUCAUCAUCUUCUACAAACCCUAAUCUAGGUUCCAAGGAGUGUUUGGAAGAGGAUGAGGACAUGAUGAGUAAUGAGAGGAAAGCAGUAAAGCAAUUAGUACAACAGAGUUUGCAGAGCAACAUGAGGAGGAUUGUGAAGAGAGCCAAUUUGCCCCAAGACUUUGUUCCGUCAGAUCAUUUCAAGUCACUCAUCUCAAGUUCAACUUCAAAGAGCUUGCCAUUUUGAGAUGAUGAGGAGAUUGAAGGGAAGAAUUUGAGAAAUCCGACUUCAUCUGAGCAGAAUAGAAGACUUUAGCAAGCAAGAUAUUGUGGUUUUCAGAGUUGAGCUGAGCUAGGUGGCUGUUCAUCAUUGUUCAAAUUCAUUACCAAAAAAAAAAAAAAAAAAAGUCAUCGACAUUUCGUCCCCAUGAGUGAUCAGUUAUAUCACAAAUAUUAGCAUAUAGUGCGGUGCUGUACCCGUAUGGCGGUAUGGGCAUUUUGUAAUCUUUGUAUAAAAGUUCAUAAUCUGGCUAUUUUGUCCCUGCUAUGUGACUUGAUUUUGAUGUAAAUAUUUAUAAUGUAAGAUUCAUGAUC